CCCGAGUGUAGUGAGCCAAUAGCAACAGAGGUCCAGGUAUAAAUACUAAAGCCCAUCAUGUUGAAGAGUUGGGCAUCCCUACAAUUGGUGAACAGGAUCUGAUCCCGGGACUGUUACUUCUUUCUUUUCUCCUAAGCAGGUGGAGCAAGAAUCGCAACCAUGGCGAAGAAUUGUCAUAACGACUACAAGAUGAAGUUCUCAGGGGACGAGGAGUUCCCCGACCUGUCCCUGCACAACAACCAUAUGGCUAAGGUGCUGACCAAGGAGAUCUAUGCCAAGCUGAGGGGAAAGUCUACCCCCAGCGGCUUCACCGUGGAUGAUGUCAUCCAGACUGGUGUUGACAACCCUGGUCACCCCUUCAUCAUGACUGUUGGUUGCGUUGCUGGUGACGAGGAGUCCUAUGAAGCCUUCAAGGAGCUGCUGGACCCCAUCAUCUCUGACCGUCAUGGUGGAUACAAGCCCACCGACAAGCAUGCGACCGACCUGAACUUCGAGAACCUGAAGGGAGGUGACGACCUGGACCCCAACUACGUGCUGUCCAGCCGCGUGCGUACCGGCCGCAGCAUCAAGGGAUUCACCCUGCCCCCUCACAACAGCCGUGGCGAGCGCAGAGGCAUUGAGAAGCUGUCCAUUGAGGCUCUGGCCAGUCUGGAUGGUGAGUUCAAGGGAAAGUACUACCCCCUAAGCGGCAUGACCGACGCCGAGCAGGACCUGCUGAUCAACGAUCACUUCUUGUUUGACAAGCCCGUGUCUCCCCUGCUGACCUGCGCCGGAAUGGCCCGUGACUGGCCCGACGGCAGAGGCAUCUGGCACAACGACAACAAGACCUUCCUGGUCUGGGUGAACGAGGAGGAUCAUCUGCGUGUCAUCUCCAUGCAGCAGGGCGGCAACAUGAAGGAGGUCUUCAGACGCUUCUGCGUUGGUCUGCAGAACAUUGAGGGGAUCUUCAAGAAGCACAACCAUGGCUUCAUGUGGAACGAGCAUCUGGGCUACAUCCUGACCUGCCCCUCCAACCUGGGAACCGGCCUGCGCGGUGGAGUGCACGUCAAGUUGCCCAAGCUCAGCACACACGCCAAGUUCGAGGAGAUCCUGACCAGACUGCGUCUGCAGAAGCGUGGAACAGGUGGUGUGGACACAGCCUCCGUGGGUGGUGUGUUCGACAUCUCCAACGCUGACCGUCUGGGCUCCUCCGAGGUGGCCCAGGUGCAGAUGGUGGUUGAUGGUGUCAAGCUGAUGGUUGAGAUGGAGAAGAAGCUGGAGAAGGGAGAGGCUAUCGAUGGCAUGAUCCCCGCCCAGAAGUAAAGCGGAACAGACAACCAAUUACUCACUGACUGUCUGUGGAAUUUGUUUUACUUUGUAAAACGGGUAGCCUCGUUGUAAAGUUAUCUUACUGGUUUCGGCCAACUGGCUACUUUCUGCCUACUUCUUUUCCAUCUGCUACUUCCUUUCUUACUUCUGAUAACCCACUCCCAACUUCCUGUCACUUUAACCUCUCCACAUCUUCUCUGUAACAUCCUGGGAUCAAUCCAUGUAUAGUCUGGUCAUGGCUAUGUGUGCGUACCUAAAACUAAUUUUUUUUGGUUGUGAAUUAUAACUGGAUGAUUAAACUAUGCCCCAUGUAACAAUCAAA